UUUGACAAAUUUCCAUUAUCAAUUGUUUGAGCGAAUGCCCCAGUUUCUCAUAGUUAGAAAUCAAAUUUGUGUCUCACAUUGCAUUUUUCGUAAAUAAAUCAACAACUUUAUGGAAAAUCCUUGUUUCUCAUGGUGAGAAAUGAAAUUUGUUUCUCAUGGGGGUAUUUUCGUGAAUUAAUCAACAACUUUUUCAUUAUUGUGAGCUCCACAUUUGAAUGAAGUUGUUGAUUUAUUUACAAAAAUGUCAUGUGAGAAAUAAAAUUUGUUUCUCGCCAUAAGAUUCUAGGGCACCCUCCUUUAUGGGAAACUGUAGAACUCCAAUAAUGAAAAAGUUGUUGAUUUAUUCAAAAAAAUACCUCCACGUGAAACAAAAUUUGUUCUCACAAGGCAUUUGAGUCAAACUAUUAAAUAUUAUCAAUUGUGGUUUGUGCUAAGGAUAGGUGAUUAUGUUAAUUAUUUGUUGUUGAUUUUGCUAAUUCUGUUUAUGGAUUCAACUGAGGAGGAUUAUGUUAAGUCAAUUUGUUGUUGUUGUUUUGCUUAAUAUUAGUGUUGGUGGAGUAUAUAUGGACUAUUGGUUCUUUAAUAAUUUGUGUAAAUUGGUUUUUUUUUUUUAAUAAUGGGUUGAUUUAUUUUUGAGACUAAUCUUAGUUGGUUGUGUUAUUGUGACACUGCUUGUCAAAUGUGGUGAAUUAUGUGAUGAAUAUUCUGUUCAAGUGUUGUUUCUGAAAAAUGGUUUGGUGGAAACAGGGUGUAAUGACCGAUUUUUUAGAGGACAUGGAAAUAGAAUUGCUAAGGAGAAGUGAGGAUGUUGUUGUUGUUGAUCAGGGCAGCGGAGUUAAGUUUAGGAGUAGUGUCGAUGUGGAGGAUGGGGAUGGCAUAAAAGAAAUAGAGUUCGAAGAUGAUGUGUGUGUUAACACUGACGCCAGUGGCCAUGUGAUGUAUUUAUCCCCCAUGAAAACAGUUCACACGACACACACGGUUGUUGGUAGCAACCAAAUGACUGUAGUGGCUGUUGAGGAGCCUAAGGUUGGGAUGGUAUUUCGAUCUUGGCAAGAAGUGGAAGCCUACUAUAAGGAGUAUGCUGAGCAGUUCGGGUUUGGAGUGACAAGGGUUCAGGCUGUAAAUUCUUUGGACAAGACUGAAAGAAUAGCAACCACAUGGAAGUGUGAGUGCUGGGGAAAACCCGACAUGCGGGCUAGGAGGGAAGCGAAGAAAAGGGCAAAAGCAAUGGGGGUUGAUGGUUCUGGUGGAUUAGUUGAAGGAAUUGUAUGUGAGGAUGAGUUAAGUAGGGCAAAGAGGACUUCCAAAAAGUGUGAAUGUGAGGCCCGGAUUUAUGCUAGAGUAACUAAGGAUGGAUGGGUGUUAAAGAGGGUGCAUUUGGAGCAUAAUCACUUGGUAGAUCCAUCACAAGCAAAGCUUGUGAAGGAGUACCGUGUAAAGCACAUUACCUCGAAAGUGAAAAAGAAAUUGAUGGAUUACUAUGAACAAGGUGUACCGAUAUCUCAAAUUCAUGGGUGUAUGGCGACCGAGCGAAAAGGUGGCAACAUGCCGUUCACAGUAAAAGAUUUACAACAUGAGGUGUAUAAGGCUAAGCAAUUGAAGAUGGUCGGCGGUGACGCGGUUGCAAUGAUGGAGUAUUUUGAAAAAAUGCAAACCGGCAACCAAAACUUCUUCCAUGCCCAACGCUUGGAUGAAGAUGGGAGACUUAAAGACGUGUUGUGGGUGGACGUAAGGAGUAGGGUAGCGUAUGAGGACUUUGGUGAGGUGGUUUGUUUUGACGCUACCUAUCUAACCAAUCAAUACGAGCUUCCAUUUGCUAACUUUGUUGGUGUGAACCACCAUGGCCAAUCGUUGUUGUUGGGGUGUGCUCUUGUAUCACAUGAAGAUUGUGACACAUUUUCAUGGAUAUUUCGACAGUGGCUAGCAUGCAUGAACAACCGAGCUCCGAAUGCCAUUUUGACGGACCAAGCGACAGCCAUGCGGAAGCCCCUAGCUGAAGUCAUGCCAGACACCAUUCAUCGUUGGUGCAUAUGGCAUAUAAUGAGCAAGAUUCCUGAUAAACUUGGCAAGUGUGCACGUUACGAAGAAUUCCUCAACCCUCUGAAAGAGGUUGUUUAUGAAAGUUUUACCCCUGAAGAGUUCCACGAGAGAUGGGCAGCACUUAUAUCUGAGUAUAAUUUGGAGGGUAAUGAAUGGCUUGAAAGCCUUCACAAGGAGAGUCACAUGGGUGCCUGCGUACAUGAAGGAGUAUUUUUGGGAUGGUAUGAAGACCACGCAAAGGGUAGAGAGCAUCAAUCGGUUUUUUGAUGGAUUCGUUAACCAGAAAACCAAACUACA